AUGAGUGACAAGAGAGGAGUUGGCGUCACGGUCAUAAGUCACGACAGCGAGAGUAGAACUCAUGUGAAUAGCGUCAGUCCUGGAUGUGGUAGUCCAGGUUGUUACAGGAAAGAUGUGACUUACACUGGAGUUAGCACCGCUCAGUUGGAAGCACUCACUCGAGUCUCACAAAACUGUGAACAGUUUAUCAAGUUCGAAUGCAAUAAUGAUGUUCACUUUAUACAGCAGAAUGGUGCCUGGUGGGUGUCACGUGACGGAACACGUAUGAACUACUGGGGUGGAGCUACAGGAUAUAACAACAGGAGCGCAUGCGGAGUAACAAGCUCCUGCUCUAAUAGUAAAAAGUGUAAUUGUUACAACGGUGGCAGAGGUUGGAGAGAGGACAACGGUCUAUUGACAGAUAAGUCUACUCUUCCUGUGACUCAGAUCAGACUGGGAGACUUGAAUCAAUCCCGAGGAAGGUUAUCACACAUUAGGCAAACUCAAAUGUUAUGGACAGGCAUGAUGAACGUUUUUUGCUACAAACAGUGCCCGUUGUCAGUCGGACCAGCACAAAUUAUUUCUCUAAAGAAAAGACAUGGACGCUACAUGAGAAAGCUAGUCUAAUGAUCAUUCGUUCAUAAUUAACACACCUAGAAACCUUAAAGGCAUUUCAAUUGAAAUUUUAUCGACUUUUCGUUCUUAAACAGAGAUGAAUUUUUUUAAAAAAUUCAAGGUUUAAAGGAGAACAUAGAGUUUAGUGCAUAGAGAUUCCAUUACUUAAAUAUUUACGUUUUGUUCCAAAGCCGUUUCUAUGCACCCGAUGCACUGUAGUGGUCGUGGUCGUGAUUAAGAAGUCUAAGAACCUAUAAAUAUAGCAUUGAUCUCAGUCACUUCUUGUUUAAUUAGUUAAAUUUGAUUUAAACUUCGUAUUUGUAUUGUUUGAUCUUUAUAAUGUGGUAUAUAAGCCCACAAUUAUCUCACAAGUAGUCUUUUCCGUCUUACUCAAACGAUGUGCUUCCAAUGCAAGUUCCCUUCAGUUUACGCUCACCGUAUCGAUGAGAAGGGGUAAUUGAGUUUUUUUCUUAAAUAUUGUAGGACGGAACACGUAUGAACUACUGGGAUGGAGCUACAGGCUACAAAAACAUGUGCGCAUGCGGAGUAACAAACUCCUGCUCUAAUGGUAACAAGUGUAACUGUUACAAUAGUGCCGGUGGCUGGAGAGAGGACAGCGGUCUUCUGACUGACAAGUCCGCUUUACCAGUGACUCAGAUCAGACUGGGAGAUUUAGAUCAUUCAAGUGAGGAAGGUUAUCACACAUUAGGCAAACUCAAAUGUUAUGGACCAGCAUGA